GACAGAGAGUUGCGCUACUGUAUAUACUGUGAUUGCAGUCUGUGAUCUGUCACAAAUUAUUUGCAAUUUGGAGCAAUUGUUAUUGUCUGUAUAUAUUUUAUGGAAUUCUGCGUGUGAACGAUGGCGUCCAAAGUCACAUUCAGAAUCACUCUCACGUCCGAUCCUAAUCUGCCAUAUAAAGUACUUAGUGUACCAGAAAAUACUCCAUUUACUGCCGUAUUAAAAUUUGCUGCUGAGGAAUUUAGAGUGCCGCCAGCUACAUCGGCCAUAAUUACAGAUGAUGGAAUAGGAAUUAAUCCUCAACAAACUGCAGGAAAUGUAUUUCUUAAGCACGGCGCGGAACUCAGGUUGAUUCCUAGGGACCGCGUUGGAUAUACUAGAUAAUUUAUAUAAUAUCGUAUUUAUUUUUACUGUAUCUUUACAUACUGUAUCUGUUACAUGCAUAAAACAAUUAUUAAAAAUUCUGAAAU